CCAACGAGACUAUCAACAGACUGCAGUGAAUGUAACAAAGGCCACCAAGUAGAUUUGGGCACUGGUCAAACAUGACAUGCAGGGGCAAGCUGAUCAAAUCGUGUUACUUGUCUUGGAGAAGAGAAACCUUUCCAUUCCCCUCAUAGUUUUGCAGGACUUCAUCUUAUCCCGAGAGUCACAGUUGCUUUCAGAUCCGUCUCUCUCAGGUCGCAGUUGGCCACAUUACCUUGUCAUCCCUGACCUUCCACCUGUCCUAGCCCUGUGCUCCAUGAAUGCAGACUGCAUCUCCAUGACUCCAAAGCAGGUGGGAGAUGCCAUGCCAUGUCCGGGCUUUCUCUGGCUGAGCCCGGGGUGCUGAGCCCGGAGGGAUGUUCUGCCUCUCGUGCCCCUCGACCAUUCUUACAAGCACGUGCCCUGGAGGACAAUUCAGGAGUCCCCACGUGCCACUGAAGGUGGGAUGUGAGGGAAGAGAUGAUGGCGGUGAAAGGAGCUCAUGGCCCGUCAGUGUUGAUCUCCCUGAUACCAACCCGCUCCCCUGCCAGCCAGCCCGGCCCCGCCGCCUCCGCAGUGCAGAGCCCCGACCGCCGCCGCGCUGCCGCCGCUCUCGCCUGCCCUCGGCAUCCAGCCCGCCCCCGGCGAGAGCCCGAGCGGCGCCGGCGCAGGGCUCAGCCCCGGGGCGGAGCUGGCGGAGGAGGGCAGGGGAGGGAGAGGAAGGCAGAGGAGGGAGAGGAGGCGGAGAGGAGGCGGCCCGUGCGGAGCAGAGAGCCGGGGCUGGCGGGGGCAGCGAGGCGCGGGCGGCGGAGCGGCGGGAUGCGGCGCUGGCGGGGCGCGGGGCUGGCGGCGCUGGCCGCGGUGCUGCUCGCAGUGGCUGUGGGCAGAGCCCAGGUACUGCAGGACCCGUCGACAGAGACCAUCGAGGGCACAGGUACCUCCAUCAACUGCUCCCUCCCCAAACUUCAGGGUACCGCUUCUGUUCACUGGUACCGUCAGUUCCCAGACCAGGCGGUGCAUCACAUUGUAACGGGUUUCACUGGAGAUAAAGCAGUGCUGGAUCCUGUGGGACAGCUGUCGGUGUCGCCAGACCGUCGCUGGAGCACCCUCUGUCUCUCCGGGCCCCGGGUUGGGGACGCGGCGGUGUAUUACUGUGCCCUGGCAGACACGGCCAGAGGAGCCGGGGCUGCGGCCGGGCACGAACCGCCGCGGGCGGGGCCGGGGGCACAGCGCCGACCGGGGGCAGCAGGGCUUUGUCACAUGCUGUAAAUCCCACCUGAGCUCAGACUCCCAGACACCGUCGUCUUUUGGAGCUUUUCAUUGUUCCUACAGCGGAGCAAAGUAACGUCCCGAUGAAAACAGGGCGUUUCACUCCUGCGUAAAGCACAGGCUUGUGACAGAAUGUCUGGGUGCCAAGUGACAUACACAGCACAGCACAAAUCUGGGCAUACUCCAGUCAGCUGCAAUGAGUGUCCCUGACUUCUCCUGAGAAAUCGUCUCCUGGAUACUCUGAUCCGCUCCAGGCAGGCACCGAGAUUCUCAGAUUCGUGAGGAUCUUUUGUUUGGGUAGGGGGAGAAUUCUGACCUUGCCUGCAGUGUAGAAGGGGGACAGUCAGGGUCUGCAGAGCUUCGAGUGUCACUCAUGAGGGAUCUGAGCACUACAUCU